AUGUCUCAGCUUGCCAAGCUUCUUACCCAGGAAGCUGUUUGCUUGGGUGGCUUGCGUGAUCAGAUCGAAUGGGUGAAAACACAACUCCAGCUAUUGCAAGGUUUCCUCAAAGAUGCAGAUUCCAGAAGGAAGAGAGGAGAUGCAACAAUAGAGAGCUGGAUAAGUGGGAUAAGAGGUGUAGCCUAUGAAAUGGAAGACGUUAUAGACGCCAUCAAGUACAUGCACGAGAGCCGACACCAAAGGAGAGGCUGCAUGGGCUCCAUUUCAAGGUACUCUCACAAACCUUGUGAAUUGAUCACCCACCGUAAAAUUAGUUCCAGAAUUGAGCAAAUAAAGAUCAAGAUCCAGAGUAUUUCCGAUGGCAGAGAUAGAUAUGGCAUUGCUAAUCUAGGUGAAAGUAGUGGAGUGGACGACAGUUUGCAAGCACUGAGACAAUUCCCUCCCCAUUUCUACGACGACACUGAUGUCGUAGGCUUUGAGGAUGAUAAGGAAAAAUUAGUGAAACAAUUAGUUGAUCCGGAGAACAAAAACUGCAGUGUAGUUUCUAUAGUGGGUAUGGGUGGGCUUGGCAAGACCACCCUCGCAAGAAAACUGCAUAAUGACCCAGCGAUUAGAGAACAUUUUGACACCUUUGCUUGGAUUUCAGUUUCUCAGAAGUACCGAGUUAUUGAGCUACUCAAGGAUAUCAUGAAAAAGGUGAUGGGACUCACAAAGAAGAAACAAAGAAAUACAAGAAUUACACUAGAAGAGUUAGAGCAGAUGGGUGAAGAAGAAGUGAGAGAGCAGCUCCGUAACUUCCUACGAGACAAAAGGCAUUUGGUCGUGAUGGAUGAUGUAUGGAGUGUUGAUGUUUGGAGACAAAUGCAUCACAUCUUUUCUAAUGGAAACAACGGUAGCAGAAUACUGCUUACUACCCGUAAAAUUGAAGUUGCAAGACAUGCCGAGCCAUGGAUUCCUCCACAUGAACUGCAGCUUUUGAACGACGCACAGAGUUUGGAACUCUUCCGUAGGAAGGCAUUUCCACCAAAUCAAGACGUCCCGACUGAGCUGGAGGCAUUGGCCCAGAAGCUUGCAAAGAGGUGUGGUGGACUUCCUCUUGCACUUGUGGUGUUAGGGGGCCUUCUGUCGAGGAAAGAUCGUAGCUACGACACCUGGUUGAGAGUAGCUCGGAACAUGAAAUGGGAAUCUAGUGGAGAUGGGCAGGAAUGCCUCCGUAUAUUGGGCUUGAGUUAUGAUGACCUGCCAUAUCCGUUAAAACCAUGUUUCUUGUACAUCGCUGCGUUCCCAGAGGACUCAACUAUCUCCGCUUCCAAAUUGGUUAGGUUGUGGAUCGCCGAAGGUCUCAUACCACAAGAGCAGACACAGACGAUGGAAGACACCGCAAGGGACUGGCUGGAUGAGUUGGUGCAGAGGUGCAUGAUCCAGGUUGUGGAGAGAAGCAUGGCUCAUGGGCGGGUUGAGAGCAUACGCAUCCAAGAUAUGCUGCGCGACUUUGGCCUAUCAGAAGCCGGAAAGGAUGGAUUUCUUCAUAUUUGCAGCAGCGACGACAAGGCAGUAUCUGAUGGUAUAUCGUGUCAUCGUGCGGCUUUCCACAGUCAUAUAAAUGACGAGGUUGCUGUUUUCUCACCACAUCUCCGCACUCUGCUGGGCUUCAAUUUAGUUUUGAAAGACAGUACUUCUGCGGGAAAAUUUCUGAAUGGUUUAAACUUAGUAAGAGUGUUGGAGUUCGAGGGCGCAAGAGAUUUGAAAGAGUUACCAAAACAGAUCGGCAGCAUGAUUCAUCUACGAUACCUGGGAUUGAGAAACACUGGUUUGAAGAGACUGCCAUCCUCCAUCCGGCAUCUUCUAAAUCUGCAGACUCUGGAUGUCAGAGACACAGGCAUUUAUUGGCUUCCAAAAUCAUUUUGGAAAAUCCGGACGCUGAGACACGUCCAUAUUAAUAUACUUGCAUUUCUAAGCGCCCCAAUAAGUGGUGAUCACAACAACUUGCAGACUCUGCAAAUUGCGAACUAUGUACGUAAUAUAAAUGUCAUCAGUCUUUUCAACCAUAUUCUAGCCAUAAGAUUCAUCAAAAAUUGGGUUACUACACCCGGCUUUACUGAGGAGGCAAUGGACAGAACAUGCGGCAGAAUGCUUGGAAAGUCGCUUGGAAAAGCAAUCGAGAAAAUGGACAGCCUCGUCUCCUUGACUCUGGAAUUUUCUCUUAUGCCUAGGGGCAUCCUUUUUGCUCAUGCACCAAACCUGCACCACCUCCGUUCGUUGAAUUUGUUUGGGCGAUUGUUACUCAGACCACUGUUGGGUUAUCCCUCCUAUAUUGGAGGAGACUUAGCCCAAUAA